AAUCCCUAGGCUGAUACGCACACGCACGCUCGGUUGUUUGUUAAUCGAUGUUUCUGUUCGCUAAUCGCUCGCCUCCUCCUGCGCUGUUCGGCUGCCUACCGCAUGGAAAUAGCGCGCCUAGCGGCGGCGUUCGGAGGCUGGCCUUGGCCUCGGCGAGCGGCCGGCGGCAGGAUGAGCAGAUCUGUCCCGGGGAAGGCAGGAACGGCUUGCAACCUUGCCUACUCGUUCCCUCCUUCAUAAUCAGAUUGGGACAUUUGGAUGGUAAUUUGGAUAGCUAUAUUUUUGCUUGGAACAAGGCUCCAGAAAAAUUCUGGCUCCGCCACUGCCGACCGGGACUGGCACCAAAGCGCGCCUACCUUAAGCGACCAGCCAUCGCCAAUUCGCCAUUGCUACCUAAGUUAGCCACAGCUCCCUCGCAGUCGCCGCCAAGACGAUCGCGUGGGACCGCGAGAGCCAGAGCAACCGAGUGCGCGCGGCGGCGAGAUGGCGGCGUCGCAGGAGUACAUGGACAAGGCGCUGCUCCGGCGGAGCUACCGCAACGUCUGGCAUACCGACCUCACCAACGCCAUCCAGGCGGAUUUCCCAUACUGCUGUCUGUCGCUGUGGUGCGGCCCAUGCGUCUCCUACAUGCUCCGCAGGCGUGCUCUCUACCACGACAUGUCGAGAUAUGUGUGCUGCGCCGGGUACAUGCCAUGCAGCGGCAGGUGCGGCGAGAGCAAAUGCCCAGAACUAUGCCUCGCAACAGAGGCGUUCCUCUGCUUCGGCAGCUCGGUUGCUUCGACCAGGUUCCUGCUGCAGGACGAGUUCAACAUCCAGACGACCCAGUGCGACAACUGCAUCAUCAGCUCCAUGUUCUGCCUCCAGCAGCUGGCCUGCAUCUGCUCCCUGGUCGCCUGCAUCGUCGGCAACCAGGAGCUCUCCGAGGCUUCGCAGGCGAUCUCCUGCGUCUCCGACACGGUCUACUGGACGGUUUGCUCCUGUAUGCAGACGCAGCACAAGGUGGAGAUGGACAAGAGGGACGGCAAGCUGGGCGGGGCUGCGAUGACGGUCCCUCCGAUGCAGCAGAUGUCGCGCAUCGAUCAGCCGAUGCCGCCUCAGGUCGGGUAUGCGCCGCAGCCAGCGUCCAACAGGUAGUUCUGUGGGAUCUUGGGCUGCCGUUGCGAGUGGGAAAUGGAUGGAGAUCAAGUAGCUGAUAUUAUGUUCCUGUUUGUAUGCCAUUGUGACUUGAUUUUUUUUUGAGAGGCAUUAUGACUUGAUUUAUGAGUGUGUAAACUGUCCUCCUGUUAUAGUAGGCGAAUUUUGAGGCU